CCCCCGUCCUCGCGUGUGAUGAUGUCAUCUUCCGUGGCCUCCCAGCAACCCCCGCGGCGGCGGCGGCGGUUGCCGCCGACGGCGCAACCCCAAUCCCCCACCGUCACCACCAUUCACGCCCUCGGCGACGACCUCCUCCUCGACAUCUUCCUCCGCCUCCCCUCGCUCCCAAGCCUCGUCCGCGCCGCGCUCGCCUGCCGCUCCUUCCUCGCCGCCGUCCGCUCCUCCCCGGCCUUCCGCCGCCGCUUCCGCGCGCUCCACCCGCCCCCUCUCGUCGGGUUCUUCUUCGAAACCGUCGGCCGCGACCUCCCCUCCUUCUCGCCCGUCCGCCGCCGCUCCGACCCGGAUCUCGCCGCGGCCGUCCGCGGCGCCGACGUCUUCCUCACCCGCCUGCCCUACCACGAAGACGCCUACCCGGGGUGGGACAUCAAGGACUGCCACGGCGGAUGCCUCCUCCUCCUCAACAGAGAGACCGCGCAGAUCGCCGCCUACAACCCCCUCACGCGGGCCCUGCAUCUCCUCCCCACUCCGCCCAACGAGAUCUCCAAAGGUCGCCGCGGCAAGUUCGAACGCCUGAAUUUCUUCCUCUUGUUAUCCGAAGAGAACCCUGGCUCGUUCCGGGUGAUCACCUUAUGCCACGACAAGUCGCGGGUGCGCGCGGUCGUCUACUCGUCGGGUGCUAGGGAGUGGCGAAUUCUCCCCUGGUCGGAGGCCGCGCCGGCACAGCCGUCAGGCAAGAAGCGCUGGCUUCUCUCGGGCACGCGGGCAAAUGGGAACCUGUACUGGGCGCACAGGAAAGAGGACUACAUGCUAGUGCUGGACACCACAGCGCUACAAUUCUCCUUCAUUGAUCUGCCGGUUUUCUUGAAGGGGCAAGGCCCCAUCUACGCCAUUGGAGAGACCAAGGAUGGGAAGCUGUGCAUGGUCUUCAUAAUGGAAUUCAUGCUGUUCAUUUCGUUCUGGAGAGUAGAUACUGAUGGUGUUGAGAGGUGGAUAAUUGAUGAUGGGUUCUCGCUGGAGGAAGAGAUUCUUCAGGCUACCGAGGGCACACGGAAUGAUGAUGAUAAGCUCAUACUUUUAGUGUAUUCAGUUAUGGACGGCAUUGUUUAUCUGUCGCCUUUCCUUUGUCGAGGUAAUCCCAAUUUACCUUGUUGGUUCUUAUCAUUCUGCCUGGAGACAAGGAAACUGGAGAAGUUAUUUCAUAGGACAUCUGACAACAAUCUAUUUCCCUACAUCAUGGCAUGGCCUCCUUCUUUGGUAGGCACUGAUGUGAGCCCUUGAUCCUAGAGGAGGUGCUUUAUAAACUGUGGAAUUGGGUAUAAUAAACAUAGGAGGAAGGUGGAAAGUAGAACUGGUACACCUAUAUAUUGUCCUAUUAUCUUAGGUUAUCGGCCAUUGUUUUUGCUUUAUCUAUAUUGAUGCAGUCCUGUUUGAAUUUUUGAAUAAUAUAAGUAUACCAAGGUAUAUUUUAGAAGUGGUUGUUCAUUCAUGUCUUUGAAUAUAUCAGUUAUGCAAAUUUACUCUGCA